CAUAGUUUCUUCCACUUCUACAGGAGAUAAGAGAUAACAGAGGAAGGGGGAGGGGAAUAUUUGGCAAAAAGUGAGAAUGAAGGAACAAGAGCAACUGAAUGAACUCUCCAAGGCAGAACCAGGCCCUGGGGUCCCAGGCCAGGGGGGCUAAGCUGAGUAUCUACCCUCCAGAAGGACGGCCUCUCGGCCUGUUCAGACUGCAGCCUGGACCCUCCUUUACCACUCACCAGAAGAUGGCAGACAUGUGGACUCAGUACAACAGACAGAGAUUCCAGAGCCAAGGAAAUAGACCACGGAACCCCCAGAAGGGAAGAACCAUAAUGUCCACCAUGCUGGAGAGUGUGAGAGAGAGGGGGACAAAAACCCACAUGGAGACACAAGCACCCCCUCCAGUGAGGGGCCAACAGACCCAUGGCCCACCCCAGCAUCCAACUUCUGAGCCUGGGGAAGGGAGAACCGCUGUAAACCCCUCUGGACACAAGCAGGUGUCUCUGUGUGUAUCUCGGGGGUUCAACCAGGGUCAGGGACCUGCUCACCUUGGGCAGCCCAAGAAGGAAGCCUGGAGCCAGGCUACAGUGGACCCAGGGCUGGGGGAUCCUGCCUGGACCAAAGAGGGACUAGAGGGGUCUGCUACGCACCUGCCUCACAUAGGCAGUGGAGAGGAGAGCAAGGCAGAGCCCACUUUUCUGCAGGACGAGGGUUUGAGGCUGGAACUAUUUCGGCAGAAAAUAACACUCUCCACCCGCCACGAGUGCCAGAUCAACAAACGUCUCGCCAACCGGUCGCACCUUAUGCACCUGGGAAUGCCUUUUGAUGGUGUGACAACCUACCGCCAGAGCUACAUCCCUGUGGAGUGCCCACCGAAACACAGUGGGGCCAGAUGUAUUUCUCCCCAGGCUACAGUAAACUGGCAUCAGUGGGGUUCAGAGUACUCGGACCGGUACCAGGGCCCCGGGCGCUACCUGCCCAGCCAGAGAAAGCCCCCAAGUGGGCUAAAGGCCCACCCUGCCUCCCCGGACCCCUCUGGGACCCAAGCCCUCUUCAACACAGAGAAAAUAUGCAGACACCUCAGCUCAGAGUACCAGAGGCAAUACAACUACAGGGAGGAGUCAGGCCCGUCCCGACCCAAGACAAGCCCGGUCUACAGCCAGCACCACAGGGUCUGAGCGUGAUUUGGUUCCUCAAACCAUCCUCCCAACAUUCACACCCCUCUAACACAGCUAGUUCUAUUUUAAUACACAUACACGACAGUACCACAUAUCUCAAUGAGGUUGGGUUUCAAAGCUUACACAUUUUGGAAAUAAAAUCAAUUGCAUACGUCAACCUUCUAUAUUUACAAAAUGUUUGAGAGCAGGGGGGGGGGUCAACCCCCUUUUAGUGCAUCCACAUACAGCCCAAAUUGUGGGCCAGACCAGUAAAACCAAACCUAUAAAUAACACACCCAUAUGGAGGAAUUUCUUUGUUGAGUGGGUGGAACUGCAAUAUUCCUUCACAAGCACAUAACAUCCUGUCAAUGUAGUAUCCAGGGACCUGUAACAUGAAAGUAUAUUAAACAACAUUUCCAUUAAGAAACAAGUAUUUUGUACACAAAGCACACAAGAUCAAAAGAUUCAUAACCAGUAGGAUAUCUUGGCUUCUACUUUACGGAAAGCAGAAUUAAAGCAACAUCAAAUUAAGUUUAAUAAAAAACAAGACAUGUAAAAUUAUAAUGUUAACAUGUAAUAACUGAGGAAGCCAAACUAGUGAGUGACCAAUAAGGUACCAGAUCUUUAUUUCAUCAUCAUCAUCUUCAUUCUCUUUUUUUGACGUCAUUUUGAUAAUGCAUGUUGCACACUUUGACAGGAUUUCAACGCAGGUUUUUAAAAAACAAAAACGAAGAAACAACAGAAUUGUUUAGACGGAAAUCCCUCACAGGUUCCAAGCUGCCUGCCGUAACUUCUGCCGAUAGAUGCCAGGGUCCUUCCGCCAGUCAUCAGGCCUCGACCCCGCGCACACUCCCAGAGCCAAACAAAUACUUUCUCUAUCACACACCUGACACUCCCCGCCAUAAAACCAGCCUCGCAGAGGAAAAAAACUAACAAAAAAACCCGGCAAAACCAAAAAACGAGAGGAAGAGGAAACGGCAAAACACUGAUCAGGGUCGAAAUCUCUAUCCACAAUCAAAUACCAUCA